AUGUUCCGCGCACAGCAGAACGCUUUUGACGACGCAGUCGCCAAGGCGACAGACGAGAACUUGACCUCCGAGAACUGGGAGUACAUUCUUGAUGUGUGCGAUAAAGUUGGGGCCGAGGAGUCUGGUGCGAAAGAUGCAGUCGCAGCUUUAAUCAAGAGACUUGCGCAUCGGAAUGCCAACGUGCAAUUGUACACUUUGGAGCUGGCCAAUGCGUUAGCGCAGAACUGCGGCCCCAAGAUACACCGUGAAUUAGCAUCGAGAAGCUUCACAGAUGCACUAUUGCGCCUCGCCGGUGACAGGAAUACCCACCAGCAGGUGAAAUCCAAGAUUCUAGAGCGUAUGGAGGAUUGGACAGAGAUGUUCGCUAGUAACCCAGACUUUGGGAUUAUGGAACAAGCGUACAUGAAAUUGAAGACUCAAAACCCUAACCUCCAACCCCCUUCAAAGCCCGGGAAGCGAGAAAUCACCGAUGUGGACCGCCAGAAGGAGGAAGAGGAGUUACAAAUGGCGCUUGCCCUUUCCAUAAGGGAGAAGCCCACUACGGCCUCUCAGCCACAGGCCGAGAGCAGCAGCUCAGCUGCAGCACCGGAAACCCAGACACAAGCAGGACCUGCCGGACCAGUGCUUUCGGGUACUUCUGUUGCCACUGUUUCCAGGGUCAGGGCGCUAUACGACUUCCAGCCGUCCGAGCCCGGGGAGCUACAGUUCCGGAAGGGGGAUGUUAUUGCUGUGCUCGAGUCCGUGUAUAAGGAUUGGUGGAAGGGUUCUUUGAGAGGUCAAACUGGAAUUUUCCCUCUCAACUACGUUGAGAAACUUCCAGACCCCACUGUCGAAGAGCUUCAGCGCGAAGCUCAAAUGGAGGGAGAUGUGUUUGGCCAGAUCAAGAAUGUUGAGAAGCUCUUGACUCUUCUAAGCACGCGUAACUCGGAACUCAAUGUUCAAGACAAUGAGGAAAUAACGAAUUUGUACAAUUCGACACUAUCCAUCCGUCCGAAGCUUAUUGAGCUCAUUGGGAAAUAUUCACAGAAAAAGGAUGAAUUUACCCAGCUCAACGAGAAAUUCAUCAAAGCGCGAAGGGACUACGAAUCUCUCCUGGAGGCGUCCAUGACACAGCCCGCGCAACCCCAGUAUGGCCGCCCCGGCCAGCCUCAGUAUGGAUACCCUGGCCCUGGAGCCCCUGCAGGCUUCCCACAAGGGCCACCGCCGCAGAACGAUCCUCAAAGAUACUUUAGCUCUCGCCCUUCAGACAACCAGCCUAAUAGUUCCUAUUACCCCCCAACCACGCAGUCACCGGGACCGGGGCCUGGACAGACUCCUCCAGUAGGAGCAUAUCAGCAACAACAACAGCAUCAGCAGCAGCAGCAGUCUCCAGCAGAAUCCUUCCAGCCUGUUCAUCACCGCCCCGAAUCGACAUAUGACCACCCACAAGAGCUAGGAACAUCGGUUUACGACUCCCCUGUUGAACGAUUACAGUACCCUCCCGGACCCCAGGGGGUCCAGCCGCAGUUUUCGCAACAACCACCGCAGCAAACGUCACAACCUCAGUUCUCAUCUGCGGUCUAUCCGCCAGAUAAUGCACACAAUCCACCCAGUGGCCCGGACCCCGCGAGUCAAUCCCAGCCUCCUUACCCUGCAUCUCCAGUUACCCAACCCCCACCACCAAUGCAGCAACCUCCUCCCAUCCCCGGUGCCGCGCCGGGCUCUGCACCAUAUCCCUCGAUGAGCCCUGCACCGGGCGCUUACCAGGCCUACAAGCCCCCACAAGCUGGCGUACCUAACCAUAACCCGGCUGCAUUCUACCAGUAG